CGCUCUAUCCGCGCCGCAGAGACAGCAUCAUGAGCUUCUCGAUCGCCAGCUCUCGUAUCUUAGUCGUCCAUGCCGCUCCGACCAGCGCCGUCAGCCGCGCGCGUAACACGGCGGUCUCUUGCAGGGCCGGCAAGGGCGCGUUAUCCGGAGGAACAGUGGAUCUCGGUAGGAGGGAGCUUGGCGCGGGGCUCGUGGGCUUGCUCGCCCUCGCGUCUCCCGCUCGCGCGGACGAGGACGCGGAUGAGUUCAAGAUGGACUACAAGAACUACAACAGCGGAUCGUCGGUCCCCGAGGCGGAGUCGGAUCUCGUCAAACGGCUGAAGGCGAAGAGCGAAGAAAACAAAGCGAAGAACGAUGCAGAGAGGUUUAACUACGACAGGCAGUACAGCGCCAACAUGGCCAUCAUCAAGAGCUCGUGGACUCCCGACGACGAGAAGGACAGGGAGAGGCUGGGGAUCACGCGGCCGGCGGAGUGCGACCUGCCUUUCUUCAAGGACUCCCCCACGUGCAAGAAGUUCUGAUUGUCAAAUACAGUGCUUGUCCAACGACGC